GACUUCGUGAGGAACUGAGAAUUGAGCUCCUACUGCGGUUCACAGCAACUCGUGGAGCAUGCCAAGCGUCGACUCUGACAAAGAGGGUGACAUAUUCUUCGAUGCGUGUGAUGAUAUCAGAAGCUCAACUGAGGCUUCAUCUUCAGUUGGUUGCAGCACAAGUGACCAAGUAUCAGCAACAUGGACACCUGAGUAUGAGCUGUGGACCAGAGAACCGAUGAGCGUAAACGAAAGACGGCAAAGAUUCCUGAAGGGGAUGGGCUUUGCCGAAUCUAUUCCUACUGAAACUGCUUUUUCUCACUGGCAGGAGGAAACCAUUGGUGAUUGUAUAUUUCGUGACCUGGAGGAGAGGAUUAGUACCAUCUGUUCUUCCUUUCGGUCAUCUUUCUCAUCAGCAUCAGAUAGUGCUUAUUGCAUAAGAGAUCUGGAUACCGGGAACAGAUUUAUAGUCCAUGAAAUUCAGCAAGAUGGACUGACCGGCAUACUUGAGGAGGUUGGAACAAACAAACUGAUGGUUAUAAAACAGUCUGAAAGUUUUCUUAGUUUCUGUCAGCUUGUUCAUAAAUUCUUGCAGAAGGGCGGUGCUCGCAGUCCUGCUAGAGGGACGAAUAUGGCCUUUAAUGAUAAGGAAAAGGAUCCCAAGAGCUUUUGUGGAAGAUUCUCAAGAAAGAAAGGAGAAGCAAGAAUUUGCAUGUCUGAUGUCCACAUGAAAAGCCUGAAGACAAGCACAUUUUUCAGAACAAAAGUUGAUCAGCAGAACAAAAAGUGGAUGGACUUCUCUGCUGUCUACAUGUGCCAAGAAAUCCAAGCCCACGGGGGUUCAAUUAGGGUCAUGAAGUUCAGUCCAUCCGGGUUGUAUUUAGCUAGUGUCGGCGAGGACAACAUCAUGCGCAUUUGGAUGAUAAGAGAAGUUGAAUCCUCUCCUGAAUUGUAUGGCAGAGAGGCGCCUGUCGAGUACAUGGACAGAAAUAAAGGCCUUAAAAUGAAGCUGGGAGAAAGCCGGAGCCGUACCCUUGCCAUAAUACCGAAGAAGGUUUUUAAUAUUUCAGAGACACCGCUGCAUGAAUUUCAUGGCCAUACAAGCGAUAUCUUGGAUAUGACAUGGUCAAAGUCAGAUUUUCUCUUGACUGCAUCUAAAGACAGGACCGUACGCAUGUGGAGAGUUGGCUGUGAUGGCUGUUUAGCAGUAUUCAAACACAGAGAUUAUGUAACAUGUGUUCAGUUCAAUCCGGUCGACGAAAGAUAUUUCAUCAGCGGCUCAAUAGACCGUAAAGUCCGUGUUUGGGAUGUUUCGGAGAAGCGAGUUGUUGACUGGGAUGAUACACGGGACAUCAUAACUGCCGUGAGUUACCAGCCAGAUGGAAAGGGUCUUAUUGUUGGAACAUUUGCAGGGAAAUGCCGCUUCUAUGAUAAUUCAGGUCCCAACAUGGAACUGAAGAAAGUAACGCGUGUAAAGAAGAAGAGAUCUUCCGGCAAUCAGAUCACUGGUCUGCAGUUUUCAGGAGAUGAUCCGUCUAGGAUCGCAAUCGCGUCAGCGGGUUCGAAAAUCCGAGUUUCUGAACGUGCUGGCAUCACCCAAAAGUUUGAAGGACGGUGGGGCUCCAGGGUUCUUCUACCGCCGUCUCUGACAUCCGACGGCCGGUACCUCGUGUCGGCGGGCGCGGACUCCAACGUGUACAUUUGGAAUUUCGACAAAGUGGGCGGCAAAAGCACCAAAGGCUUAAGGACAGUUAGCUCCUGUGAACACUUCUUCUCUGAAGGCGUCAUGUCCGUGGCGACGUGGCCAGGGCUGCUGCACGAAGGGGGCGGCGGCGGCGGCGGCGGCGGCGAUCUCCAGUCACCAGAGAAUAAGGGACCAGCCCUGUGCCGUGACAGGGAGCGCUGCUCGUUCGGGACGUGGUUCCUCGCCGACGGCAUGAGGGGCGCCGCGACGUGGCCCGAGGAGAAGCUGCUGCCGUCCCUCAAGUACGUCAACUGCGCGGGGCUGGACGACUGCCGCCGCAAGGUGUCGGCGGCGUGGAACACGGUCGUGCUCACAGGCGGCCGCGACGGGGUCAUCCGGUGCUUCCACAACUACGGUUUGCCGGUGAAGUUGUAGCUUGCAAGAUCAAAGCUGCGGAGUUUCCGAGGCGCGAAAAGGACGACGGAGUGUGAGCCUGGUGACUGCCUGACCGACCGUUCGUCGUAGAUUCCGUGGAAGUUGUAAGCAGAGGGUGCAGAUUGGUGCGAAAGAAUCGGUUAAGAGGGAUCUUGUGCUAUGUGAAAUUAUGGGGACCUGAUUCCGGUUGAAGGAAUGAUCGAGCAAUCGAAACACUUUGCUUGUAA